AUGCUCAUAGAAGGGGUGCUAGCCGAGUCCCUUAAAGCGAGAAACGAGCCCGAAUCGUUGGUGAGACUGGCAAUGAAGAUGCAAAACUGCUUCAUUGCCCUGAAUCAAAUGAAUAACGAAGCUUAUUUGAACGCAUUACACACUCUAGAGGCAAUAGUACGAUGCCUGCAGGCUGACAUACAACAGCGAUGGGUGGAGGAGGCGGUGGUUGUUGGCAGUUUAGGAAAGGAACCGAACUUCACCGAGCUAACGGAAUUUAUCCAAAACCUUGUCAAGGUCGCUGGCAGUCGCCUCGGACAAUUGGCCAGCAUAAGUAGGCGAGAAGAGAGACUUCACACCAAAGAACAAAUCUACGAGAUCCCAAGAGGUUCUAGGAACGCGAACAACUAUGCGCCAGUAGAGGAACGUGCACGCCUAGAUGUCUCGAGUGUCGUUUAA